UGCUGACUGGAAUAGGCAGCCCAGACCUGACUUUUUGAAUUAAGCUUUUGCAUAAAUACUGCCAUUGAGUCUGGCACCCUGCACUGCUUUUCUAAAGCAAAUAACUAGACGCUUUUUUGAACUGUGGUCUCUAGAGAUGGGUACACAUACCUUUAUAUUCUUAUGUCUAGAAGACACCCCUGAUGGAAGAUAUUCUGGGGAGAGUUUUUGACAUAAGCGUUUUACAAGUGGAACUGAAAAAGGUGUUAUUUAAAGUUCUUGGAGUAGGAGCCUCUGAAGCAACAGGAUGGCUGUGAGCAUGGAUGAUGACGUUCCCCUCAUCCUCACCCUGGACGACAGUGGAAGCGGCGCCUCAGCCCCUCUUGAUGACUUGGAUCGGGAGGAGCUGCCUAACGAAAAUGGAGGUAGCUAUGACGUUAUUAAUGAUGCAUCCAGCCCUGCUGCGGGGGACUGCUGUGCGCAGCAAAGCUCUGCCCGACACAACUGGGAAAUGAACUACCAAGAGGCAGCAAUCUACCUCCAGGAAGGAGAAAAUAAUGAUAAGUUCUUCACUCACCCCAAAAAUGCCAAAGCACUUGCUGCCUACCUCUUUGCACACAAUCACCUUUUCUACCUAAUGGAGCUGAGCACAGCACUGCUUCUCCUGUUGCUGUCUCUCUGCGAGGCACCAGCUGUUCCUAUGCUCCGUCUUGGCAUCUUUGUCCACGCAACCUUGGAGCUGUUUGCGUUAAUUGUGGUAGUCUUUGAACUCUCGAUGAAGAUGAGGUGGCUGGGCUUCCAAACCUUUAUCAGGCACAAAAGGACUAUGGUAAAGACUUGCGUGCUGUUUGUACAGUUCAUAGAGGCCAUCGUGGUGUUGGUGCGCCAAACCUCGCAUGUCCGGAUAACAAGAGCUCUGCGCUGUAUCUUUUUGGUUGACUGCCGUUACUGUGGUGCCGUCAGAAGAAAUCUGCGACAGAUCUUCCAGUCCCUCCCACCAUUUAUUGACAUUCUUCUCCUCCUGCUUUUCUUCAUGGUGAUUUUUGCCAUCCUGGGUUUUUACUUGUUUUCUCCUAACCACUCAGAUCCGUACUUCAAUACCUUAGAGAACAGCCUUGUGAAUCUCUUCGUGCUUUUGACCACUUCAAAUUUCCCUGAUGUGAUGAUGCCAUCUUAUGCCCGGAACCCCUGGUCCUGUGUCUUCUUCAUAGUGUAUCUCUCCAUUGAGCUGUACUUCAUCAUGAAUUUGCUUCUUGCUGUUGUGUUCGACACUUUCAAUGACAUCGAGAAGAGGAAGUUUAAGUCCUUGCUGCUGCACAAGCGCACGGCCAUACAGCAUGCCUACCGCUUGCUGAUCACCAAACAGAGGCCGUCUGGAAUUUCCUUCAAGCACUUUGAAGGGCUGUUGCGGUUUUACAAGCCUCGGAUGUGUGCCAGAGAGCGAUAUCUCACUUUCAAAGCACUGAAUCAAAGCAAUACUCCUUUAGUCAGCCUAAAGGAUUUUUACAAUUUCUAUGAAGUUGUUGGCUUAAAAUGGAAGGCAAAACGAAAUCGUGAGCACUGGUUUGAUGACCUUCCACGGACAGCAUUCCUUAUUUUUAAAGGCAUCAACAUCCUUGUGAAGUCCCGCGUGUUCCAAUACACCAUGUAUACUGUGGUGGCUGUGAAUGGAAUUUGGAUUCUUGUUGAAACCUUCAUGCUGCAAGGAGGGAAUUUCUUCUCCAGAAACGUCCCGUGGAGCUACAUAGUCUUCCUCACAAUCUAUGGCGUGGAGCUGCUCCUGAAGACCACUGGACUGGGGCCUGUUGAGUACCUCUCCUCAGGUUGGAAUCUCUUUGACUUCUCAGUCACCCUGUUUGCAUUUUUGGGGCUCAUGGCACUGGCAUUUAACAUGGAGCCAUUCUACUUCAUUGUGGUCUUGCGACCCCUUCAGCUGCUGAGGCUAUUUAAAUUGAAGAAACGCUACAGAAAUGUCCUGGACACUAUGUUUGAGUUGUUCCCCCGGAUGGCCAGCCUGGGUUUAACCCUGCUGAUCUUCUACUAUUGCUUUGCCAUUGUUGGCAUGGAGUUCUUUGCUGGCGUGGUCUACCCGAACUGCUGCAACACAAGCACAGUCGCAGACUCCUACCGCUGGGUGAAUCAUACGGUUGGCAACAAGACGGUUGUGGAAGAAGGUUAUUACUAUCUCAACAACUUCGACAACAUUUUGAACAGCUUUGUCACGCUGUUUGAGCUGACAGUCGUCAAUGACUGGUACAUCAUCAUGGAAGGGGUGACAUCCCAAACCACUCACUGGAGCCGUCUUUACUUCAUGAUCUUCUAUAUUGUGACCAUGGUGGUGAUGACAAUCAUCGUGGCUUUUAUUCUGGAUGCUUUCGUCUUCCGCAUGAACUAUACUCGAAAGAACCAAGAUUCAGAAGAAGACAACGGCAUUGUGCUGGAGAAGGAGAUCUCCAAGGAGGAAGUGGUUGGCAUAAUCGAGCUGUACAAGCGGAGUUCGGCUGCCACUGAAACUGCUCAGCUGCAGAAGAUCGUUUUGCAGAUGGACAAAUAUGGGCAAAUGUCAACACUGUUUCUGGGACGCAGAUCAAGGACGAAGAGUGAUUUGAGUAUGAAGAUGUAUGAAGAGGAGAUACAGGAAUGGUAUGAGGAGCAUUCCAGAAAAGAGGAAUCUCAGACACCGUUGCAAGAGCCUGCAUCUGCUUCCAACAGCUCUCUGAAGCCCCUGAGCCUCCGACAACGCUCCCAGACUGUCAUUUAGGCCUAGCUAAUGCAAGCCGCCUUCUAUGCAAUAACCUAGAGCAUUACUUCACAGCGUAUACAUUGGGAUGUCGUAUAUAGAUCUGUUCAGCCUACUGUUUGGCUUUAGGGUUUAAAUCUCUUCCCCUAGGCAGUGAAUUGCUGAAAAACCAGAGGCCCAGGGGACUCUGUAAGGCUGCUACACCCAGAUUGAGCAUGAUGCCCAUGUUCGGCACAGACUGAACAUCUCGGACAGAACGGAGACCUUCUCCCUCUGAGCCACUUCCCAGGCUUGAGCCUGCUGUUUGUCUUACCACUAACAGACCUUGGGGAAAGGUAUGUGUAAUCCAUUAACAGCAGGAAAUGUGCUGAAGCCACCUGCUUAAUAUUAAAACUUUUGCCCUUUUUGAA